AUGCUUUGUAGUUUCAAAAAUGGCUUUCUCUGCAAAAACUCCUCGAAGCCUUAUCAAAUCCGACCUCCCAAGUCCUAUCCACAGAAAACUCCGAAAACAUAAAUUCCUAUAUAUCUCGAACCGACGGAAAACCCAUCAAAUCUCCUCAACGCAACCCCAACAGCAGCUCUCAUUCCUUAACACCAAUUCCUUGAACAGCAGCGACCCCAACUCCCAUCUCCACCUUCUUUGUAUCAAUGGGAAACUCCAAGAAGCUCUAAACUACCUUGACUCAAUGCAAGAAUUGCAGAUUCCAUUAGAUGAAGACACGGCUAUUGGUAUGGUCAGACUCUGUGAGUGGAAGAGAGCUUUUGAAGAAGGUUCUAAAGUUUACUGUUAUGUAUCGAAUUCGAGUAAUUCUUUGAGUCUUAGGCUUGGAAAUGCUUUUUUGAGUAUGUUUGUGAGGUUUGGGAAAUUGGGUGAUGCUUGGUAUGUUUUCAGUAAAAUGGUAGAAAGAGAUGUUUUUUCUUGGAAUGUUUUGAUUAGUGGGUACGCAAAAAAAGGUUUUUUCGAUGAAGCUUUGUGUUUGUAUCAUAGGAUGUUGUGGGUCGGGUUUAAGCCUGAUGUUUAUACUUUCCCCUGCGUUUUGAGAACUUGUGGUGCUGUUCCAAAUUUGGAAAGAGGUAAAGAAGUUCAUGUUCAUGUUAUUAGGUUCGGGUUUGAGGCAGAUGUUGACGUGAUUAAUGCUUUGAUAACUAUGUACGUAAAGUGUGGGGAUUUACCAAAAGCGAGGUUAUUGUUUGAUAAAAUGGCUAGGAGAGAUAGGAUAUCUUGGAAUGCAAUCAUUUCAGGGUAUUUUGAGAAUGGAGAGUAUUUGGAAGGGAUAAGGUUGUUUUUUAAGAUGCGUGAGCACUGGUUUGAUCCAGAUUUGAUGACUAUGACGAGUGUGAUCUCUGCAUGUGAGAGCCUUGGAAAUGAGAGAUUAGGCAGAGAAAUUCACGGAUAUGUGAUUGUAACAGGGAUGUCGGCUGAUGUUUCAGUUUGUAAUUCUUUGAUUCAAAUGUACUUUAGUCUAGGAUGUUGGGAAACAGCAGAGAAGGUUUUUGAUAGGAUGGAAUGGAGGGAUGUAGUUUCCUGGACAGCAAUGAUCUCGGGUUAUGAGAACAACGUACUGCCUGAUAAAUCUUUGGAUACUUACAGAAUGAUGGAACUGCAUGGUUUCGCGCCUGAUGAGAUCACUUUAGCCAGUGUUCUUUCAGCUUGUGCUUAUUUAGGAAAGCUAGAUAUGGGGAUAAAGCUUCAUGAACUUGCUAAAAGGACAGGCUUCAUAUCUUAUAUUAUUGUUGCUAAUACAUUAGUCGAUAUGUAUUCCAAGUGUAAAUGUGUUGAUAAGGCUCUAGAAGUGUUCCACAGCAUUCCUGACAAGGAUGUCAUUUCUUGGACCGCUAUCAUUUUGGGACUCCGGCUCAACAAUCGGUGCUUUGAAGCACUGAUUUUCUUUCGGCAAAUGAAAGUGAGUUUAAAACCUAAUUCUGUGACUUUGGUAUCUGUUCUAUCUGCAUGUGCUAGGAUAGGAGGAUUGAUGUGUGGAAAAGAGAUUCAUGCAUAUGCAUUGAGGACUGGCAUGGCGCUUGAUGGUUUCCUACCCAAUGCACUUCUGGACAUGUAUGUAAGGUGUGGAAGGAUGGGACCUGCUUGGAACCAAUUUAACUCACAAAAAAAAGAUGUUUCGGCAUGGAAUAUUCUGCUGACAGGAUAUGCACAGCGGGGACAAGGGAAACUGGCUGUGGAGUUCUUCAAUAGAAUGAUCAAAUCUAAUGUCAGUCCAGAUGAGAUUACAUUUAUUCCACUCUUAUGUGCUUGCAGUAAAUCGGAAAUGGUAACCGAAGGUUUGAAGUAUUUUAAUAGCAUGGAACUGAAAUAUGGUGUCACCCCAAAUUUGAAGCAUUAUGCAUGUGUCGUGGAUUUGCUUGGCUGUGCUGGGCAGUUGGAGGAGGCUUAUGAGUUUAUACAGGAAAUGCCUAUAAAGCCUGAUGCGGCUAUUUGGGGAGCCUUGUUAAAUGCAUGUAGAAUUCACCGGCAGGUUGAGCUUGGUGAAUUUGCAGCUCAACGUAUUUUUGAAAGUGAUAGAAGAAGUGUUGGGUAUUAUGUUUUGUUAUGUAAUCUCUAUGCGAACAGUGGUAAAUGGGAUGAAGUUGCAAAAGUUCGAAAGAUGAUGAAAGAUAAUGGACUUGUCAUUGAUCCUGGAUGCAGUUGGGUGGAAGUUAAGGGAAAAAUUCAUGCUUUCCUCAGCGGUGAUGAUUUUCAUCCUCAAAUCAAUGAAAUAAAUGCACUUUUAGAAGGAAUUUAUGAGAAAAUGAGAGUAGCUGGCUUGGGUGGUCCAAAAUGUGAUUCCAUGGAUGGAGUUGAAAUUUCAAAAGCUGAGAUCUUCUGUGGGCACAGUGAGAGACUAGCUGUUGCAUUUGGUCUCAUUAAUACUGUUCCUGGAACGCCUAUUUGGGUAACCAAGAAUCUCUAUAUGUGCCAAAGCUGUCACAGUACCAUUAAAUUCAUCUCUAAGAUUGUACGACGGGAGAUUUCUGUUAGGGAUACUGAAGAAUUCCACCAUUUCAAGGAUGGCAUCUGUUCUUGUGGUGAUGUGGAAAUAUUAAGGAAAGCUUUGACAAAUACGACUUCUGAAAGAAAUUGAGAAGUUAUUAACUCCCAUAUAGAAUGUAGAUAUGUAAAAGGCAGCUUAAAUGUAUUAUUGAGCUAUGCAUCAUGGAUCAGCCAGUUAAAAUUAAAACAUUUUACAUGUAAAUCACAGAAAGACUAGGAAGCUUGGAGGAAUGCUGUGAAUCAUCUCGAUGCUCCAUUGGCAUGAAGAGCGAAAACUGAAAAAGCUUCCUUUCUGUUUGCAUUGGGAUGUACUUUUAAAUGAGGGAAACAGCAUUGGGGUUAUUGGCAUGGUGCUCCCAGAAGCCCGGCAGCCUCCCUUUCCCUGAAUUAUAAACUUUAGGCGGAUAUGGGUUGAUUCCCAUCUUUCAAAGGUGGAGAGGCUCCUUUCGAAUCUGCGGGUUUUCAAGGCUGGACAGGUUUUUAGCUUUUGAGUUCCCUUUCUCUGUUUGAGAGAGCUCCUUGACCUGGGCUCUCAACGCUUAUAGGCUUGUGAUAGAUAUAGUGCAAUUCAUACUUGUAUCAAGUAGGGGGUUUGUGCCUAGGUUGUAGUUAUGGUAAGGUGUUUCUGCUACUCUGCUUUUCUCUCUAUUGUAUUUCUACUGUAAAGUUAAAAUGGGGAAAAGAAAAUGGUUUAUAAAAGUGAAUUUCGCAACGAUAUCAUAAUGAAAUACAUCUAUUUUGCUCAUGAA